AUGCCACAACAGCCAGCUGCUGACGCCGGAUAUUCUGCACCGCAGUUCGAGGAGUCAACCCCGAUGCCACAACAGCCAUCUGCUGACGCCGGAUAUUCUGCACCGCAGUUCGAGGAGUCAACCCCGAUGCCACAACAGCCAGCUGCUGACGCCGGAUAUUCUGCACCGCAGUUCGAGGAGUCAACCCCGAUGCCACAACAGCCAGCUGCUGACGCCGGAUAUUCUGCACCGCAGUUCGAGGAGUCAACCCCGAUGCCACAACAGCCAUCUGCUGACGCCGGAUAUUCUGCACCGCAGUUCGAGGAGUCAACCCCGAUGCCACAACAGCCAGCUGCUGACGCCGGAUAUUCUGCACCGCAGUUCGAGGAGUCAACCCCGAUGCCACAACAGCCAGCUGCUGACGCCGGAUAUUCUGCACCGCAGUUCGAGGAGGUCAACCCCGAUGCCACAACAGCCAGCUGCUGA